GAAGAACGGGCUCGCCCAGCUGUGCAGCAGGGCCAUGGCACCCACACGCCACCCCUACCCGUCCUUGCUCAGCGCGAGAGACGCUUGGGUCUUCGCUCGCCAUCGGCGACCGCCGCCGCAGCUAGCCCGGCGAGCCGGCCCGGCCGGCGACGACAUCGUCUGGGACCCGUUAGUCGCCCAGCGCCUCGCGAACGUCGUAAGCGUCGUGUGGCGCAAAUACACGGAUAAGACACUCGACCUCUGCUUCAUCUACAUCCGCGACGAGUACGAGCGUAACGAGGUGCAGAGCACGCUGAGGGCCCGGUUCCAUUGCCCCGACCUCACCAUCUACCCCAUGUCCAGCAUAAACAGCAACGAACAGCUCCUCCUCGAAGACCUUCAUCACGAGGGGGGCUGCGCGCCGGGGACGUGCCGGGCCAACUUCGACAUCAUCAGCAUCCCGUUUGACUGGGCGUGCAAGGGUCAAGAAAUACUCAAAUAUGUCGACAGGACGAUGCACAAGGAGAUCCACUGGAUGCCUUGGUCUGAGCCGGAGGACGACGACGGGCGCGAGCGCUGCAUAAGCCUAGAGGAGGCCGACAUAAUCAACUAUUGUCCGACGAAAUACUAG